AUGCUGCCACGACCGCCGGUUCGCAGCUCUCGGACCCACCGCACUCUUUGCAAGAACCGGUUUCCCUGUGCCUGCCGCAGCCCAGGCGGAGAGGGUGCGGCCACGGGCGUGGGCGGGGCGAUCCGUGCGCCCGCCCCUCGAGGCGGGUGGGCGGGGCCAAGCGGGGCGCCCUUGCGCGCGCGCGCGCGGCGGGCCCAGGUACGCGGACAAGAUGGCGGCGGCAGCGGUCGACAGCGCGAUGGAGGUGGUGCCGGCNAGCCCACGGCCCGCGCCCCCGCCCCGCGCCCCCCGGGCCCGGGCCUGGCCGGCCUGCGCCGCCACCUCCCUGCCCGUGCGCGGAUUCCCUCGCCGGAGGCCAUCCCCGGACCCCUGCCCGCGGACCGGCAGACAAAGGCCUCCAGGCCGCCGGCUCCCCGAGCCCCUGGGGUCCACGCCGCGCGGACCCGCCGCUGCCCAAACUGCGCAUCGGGAAGCGCCCGGCAGCCGGGGCCCGCCAUAGAGGGUGACGACGGUAGGAUCGCUGCUGAUCCAUCCUGCGCGCUUCUUUGUGCGCGACUCCGAGCUAAAAUGUUUACGUGGAUCCGGCGAUGCAAUGAUCCUAACAGCCCUUGGAGGAAGAGGACGCAGCAUUCCCUGGUUGCGGACCGAGAGCACAGAUUUCGGUGGCCUUCCCUUAUGAAACACUACAGCCCCACCGACUACGUCAAUUGGUUGGAGGAGUAUAAAGUUCGGCAAAAAGCUGGGUUAGAAGCCCGGAAGAUUGUAGCCUCAUUCUCAAAGAGGUUCUUUUCAGAGCACGUCCCUUGUAACGGUUUUAGUGACAUUGAGAAUCUUGAGGGACCAGAGAUAUUUUUUGAGGAUGAAUUGGUGUGUAUCCUAAAUAUGGAAGGAAGAAAAGCUUUGACCUGGAAAUACUACGCUAAAAAAAUUCUCUACUACCUACGCCAACAGAAAAUUUUAAAUAACCUUAAGGCAUUUCUUCAGCAACCUGAUGACUAUGAAUCGUAUCUUGAAGGUGCUGUAUAUAUCGACCAGUACUGCAAUCCUCUUUCUGACAUCAGCCUCAAAGAUAUCCAGGCCCAGAUUGACAGCAUCGUGGAGCUUGUUUGCAAAACCCUUCGGGGCAUCAACAGUCGACACCCCAGCUUGGCCUUCAAGGCAGGUGAAUCCUCCAUGAUAAUGGAGAUAGAACUCCAGAGUCAGGUGCUGGAUGCCAUGAACUAUGUCCUUUACGACCAGCUCAAGUUUAAGGGGAACCGGAUGGAUUACUACAAUGCCCUCAACUUGUACAUGCACCAGGUUUUGAUUCGCAGAACAGGAAUCCCGAUCAGCAUGUCUCUGCUCUACUUGACAAUUGCCCGGCAGUUGGGGGUCCCACUGGAACCUGUCAACUUCCCCAGUCACUUCCUGUUAAGGUGGUGCCAGGGUGCAGAAGGGGCGAGCCUGGACAUCUUUGACUACAUCUACAUCGAUGCCUUCGGGAAGGGGAAGCAGCUGACCGUGAAGGAGUGUGAAUACUUGAUCGGCCAGCACGUGACGGCGGCGCUGUACGGGGUGGUCAACGUGAAGAAGGUGUUACAGCGAAUGGUGGGAAACCUUUUAAGCCUGGGAAAGCGGGAAGGCAUCGACCAGUCCUACCAGCUCCUGAGAGACUCGUUGGAUCUGUAUCUGGCGAUGUACCCGGACCAGGUGCAGCUCCUCCUCCUUCAAGCCAGGCUCUACUUCCACCUGGGGAUCUGGCCAGAGAAGUCUUUCUGUCUUGUCUUGAAGGUGCUUGACAUCCUCCAGCACAUUCAAACCCUAGACCCCGGGCAGCACGGGGCGGUGGGCUAUCUGGUGCAGCACACGUUAGAGCACAUUGAGCGCAAGAAGGAGGAGGUGGGCGUGGAGGUGAAGCUGCGCUCCCAUGAGAAGCACAGAGACGUCUGCUACUCCAUUGGGCUCAUUAUGAAGCAUAAGAGGUAUGGCUAUAACUGUGUGAUCUAUGGUUGGGACCCCACCUGCAUGAUGGGACACGAGUGGAUCCGAAACAUGAACGUCCACAGCCUGCCUCAUGGCCAUCAUCAGCCUUUCUAUAAUGUUCUGGUGGAGGAUGGUUCUUGUAGAUAUGCAGCGCAAGAGAACUUGGAAUAUAACGUGGAGCCUCAAGAAAUCUCGCACCCUGAUGUCGGACGCUAUUUCUCAGAGUUUACCGGCACACACUACAUCCCGAACGCGGAGCUAGAAAUCCGGUAUCCAGAGGACCUGGAGUCUGUGUAUGAAACGGUGCAGAAUAUUUACAGUGCAAAGAAGGAGGACGUAGAGUAACGUCUAGUAGAGGACACUGCACCUUUGCUGCUGCUGCUGUCCUCCAGGAGAACAGGAUUCCGCAAGAAGACGUCUCCAUGGAGCCCUCUGGAUUCACACCACCAGGAAAGCCACUUAACCAGUAGCGCUGGUUGCGUCCUACCAAGUUUAAAUAACGUGUGCUCUCCUCCAGCUGCAAAGACAAUGUUGCUCUCCGCCUACACUAGUGAAUUCAUUUGACGGCACUGUGUUCAGUGGCAUGGCUUGUGUGCUUGUCCUGUGGUGACAGUUCGUGACAUUGUCUUCAUGAGGUCUCACAGUCGACACUCUUAGAGUCAUUCUUCCUGCUCACUUCCCGUACGUGUGUCUCCACCUGUCAGAACAUUUCAUUUGCCAGAGGGGGUCCCAUGUUGGCAAUAAUUUCUUUCUGAUUUCUCUGCGGAACACGUGCAGUCCUGAGUCGGGGCUGCUUGUCUUUUUACCCUGAGUUUAGUUGCUUAUUCAGAGGGGAAGCUGUGAGUGAUUGUGGUGCAUCUGAGAGAUGGGGACAUUAACAGACUAAUGGUAAUCAGAAUCAUCCACAUUUAUUUUUUCUAAUAUUUGAAACAGAUUUCAGGUGUUUUGUCUUCUCCUUCAUUGAAUUGGGAGAAUGGCGUAGCUUUUCCUUCCGUGUUCCUCUCAGAUUUAUGCUCAUCUCUCUGCGAGUCCUUGAUUUUCUGUUCAUUACAUAAUACCUGAGAAAGUGCAUAAUGAUGGCCUUUAUGGAUGGAUUGUCCCACGUUCAUCUACUAUUCCUCCCUUUAAAAUAACUACUUUUUUUUCUUUUGAUUUUAAAAGUUGUUCCAGUAUCAUGAGUAGAUCUUAAGUCAGUGGUGGGUUCUCUUUAUAGUAGGAAGUAUAAUCUGGUAUUAAAAUGUUUGCUUUUAGAAACCAUACGCAGUGGUCUCCAAAGACCUGAAAAGGUUUCACUUUUGUAAUCAGAAAAAAAGAAAUAAUGAAACUUACAAGUUUUUUAAAAAGGAAAGAGGAGGUUCCAUGCUCCCUGUCAUCCCUUAGAAUCACUCUAAGACCCUUUGGGGUGGAAACAAGUAAAACAUCUUUAAUUUGAAGAGUGUUCGAUCAGUGGGGAAGGGGGGGGGGUGUCCUUCUGCUUUCUCGAAAUACUGUUGUCCUGAAGAUACCACUGGCUCCCGCUCCGCGCCCUUAGUCCCUGAGCGUGAGGGCCCCGGGUCCUUGCACAGCUCCAAACGCCUGCCGCUCUCCACCUGCCUGUUCUCAACAAGCUAGCUAAUUCGUAGUUAACCAGUAGAAGCUAACGUCUGGAGUUAGAACCUAGUUGCUUUACUCUCUGAGUUGAAAAGAACCCAGUUGCUCUGGUGAGUGAGGCUUCGGGGGGGCCGUGAUCUGGCCCUGCCUCACCACCCUUCUGCGUAUUUGCAUGCUGUUUUUCCACGCCGUGUUUGAUGACUGCCUCUCGUUUAGCCCUUGGAAGCCCUGGGAUGACCGAGGUUUGGGGAAGCCACCUGAGACCACUUAGUAGUACCUGGCGGCUGGUAAGCAGUUACUAGAGAUGAGGGUCUGGUGGGCCGGCUCCUGCCAGCCUGAGUAAGCGCUCGCCAGUGUCCGCAUCCCUUGUCAGUCAGAUCCAGAGCCCGAUGGGUUAGGUCUGCCUGGGAAAUGUGACCACUCACAGCACCCAGCCUGCUGAGGCUGGGGGUCUUAACACUACUCUCGUUUAAAGGUGAGAACUAGUUAAUCUGGAGCUAAUACUAACCAGAUGCAUUACUAAGAAACUGUGGAGCAUGCUGAGUUAUAAUCAUCGGUUUUCUGGUUUGAUUUCCUUUUUUUCUUAGAGUAACAUCAAAGCCAAGAAGGAUGGUUUUACCUUUACUGACCCAAUGUAAAUAUGUAUCUAGACCGUUUUUAAAUGUUUCUUCAUGAAUGCUUCAUUUGGCUCCAGGAAGCCUGUGUCACCUGUGUAAGUUGGUAUUUGGGCACUUUAUAUUUUUCUAAAAACGUGUUUUGGAUCUCCUGUACUCUAAUAAACCAUAAGUUUCUUUUUAAAAUUUUUUCCAAAAGUUUUCUCCAUUUUAAAAAGCCCUGUUACAACAAAGUAGGAGUUUCACGAUGUUAAAAUAUUAAAUAUUUGGAUAUAGUAACUUCUUUCUCUUCAAAUGAAUGCCAAGAUUUUUUUGUACAAUGAUUAAUAAAUGGAACUUACCCAGAGAAACCACACAAGUGGCCUGCCCAAUUUCGUUUCGGAACAGAAAGCCUGGCCUUAACAACAGCAGAAUGUCUCUGGUUUCUCUUCUGAUCCAAACAUGCAAACAUUUGCUGUACUGAAUUUUUCGUAACGUUGGUGAGUGCUCAGGGUACCUUUAUUCCGUGGGCUCCUUGCCAGAUGUCAGUUCUGUAAGCGGGCUGUCUGUCGAGAGCACCUGGUUGCCAUGCAAACAUUGCAGCUUGUCGCCAAUGUUACACAGUCUGUGUUAUGAAGUGGGAAAGGCAGGUUCUCGGUGCGUCGUUAGCAUUGAUGUGAUAGCUGCGUGACAUGCCGCAUGUCCGCAGAGCCCCGCGGGGUGCCCAUUCUCCGGGGGAUGCGCUGCGCGCUGUGCGGGGAGGACCAGGCCAGUCACCAGCGUCCUGCGCCGCGGUGGGUCUCAGACCGUGAAUGUACUGUUGUGCAUUGUGAUUUUAUGAGAGGAGAAUGUCGUGUGCCAUGUCUUCCCUACUUCUUAGACCGUAGAACUUUCCUCCCCCACCCCCACACACGCACGCGCACACACACACAGCAGCCUGAGGUCCAUUGUUUGCAGACAUACUUUGGGAAAUACUGUGUCACCAGUUACGUCCAAAACUAGUCUCUGUUCACCUCAGACUAGUUUGGCCAAGCGUCUCGUUUGAAAACUUCCAUCUAAUUGGAUUUUGAAAGGCUGGCUUCGUGUUGUCUGCGCCUGAACCUCACAACAGAUCUCAUUCCAAGUGCAUUUACCCAGCAAAA